AGAAGAAAAACUCCAACUUCCGCAAUGCAAAUCGCGUAUAUUGUUGUCGUUCGAUCGGAUACAGGUGGGAGAAGAUCACAUCGAUGAGAUGAUUUUAGCCUUGGCGCGCUGAGUCUGUUAUUUUAGCUGUCUGUGGUUAAAGACAGCCGGUAUAAUCCUCAAAAUGAGAAGAACAACAGAAAAUCAAGGAAACUCUCGAACUCUUACAGAAUACUUUUCCCCGAGGAAUAAAGUGAAGGAUCUUGUAUUCCAGCAGGGCUCCCAACCCCACACACCUUUACUCCAGGAGACUCCAAUGAAGCCUUCUCAGCUCAACCGGCUUUCUUACCCGCCUCCUAGGAGAAUGUUGCCACUUCAAAACCCUCAGCUGUACCAAAGGGACAUACUACGUCCAUCAGGGCACCCUCCUCAUCCUCCAGGACCAAGCCAUUCAUUGGGGCUUGUUCCAAGCAGCCCAACUAACAUUGGCCCCUUAGUGAAUAGGUCAAAUCCCAUGCCAAGGGGUAAUCCGGGUCCUCUGCAGCGCCAACACUAUCAACCUCCAGGGUCUUCCUACUCACCGUGGUUUGCUCCAGUCAGCCCAACUGAUAGUACUACAGCUAAUAGGCCUCCCAGUGUCUUUUACCCUGCAGCCCCUCAAUUCAAGAACGAUUCAAGCAAUCACUCCCCAUCCUCCCACAUCAGGAGAGAUCAAGGGACUGAAUCCAUGGUUACUUUGUCCUACUCAGGAUUUAAAAAUUUGACGGCACAAAGACCAGAAUCAAGCAAGGCUCAAUCCAGUGAUGUGAGAAGUCCCAUACAUACUAUCCAGCUCCACAGGCCCCCCCCGAUUCCAUCAUUCUACCCCUGUGCAGUUCAAGACGUUUUCCCGCAGCCCCUCUCACAAUCAAAAGAUUGGAGUCCUGAGAAAAGCCAGUGUCCUUCGUGGGGCUACCAGCCUUCUCCGAGUACCCAGUCUUCUAACAGGAGUAGAGGUGCCAGUUUACCCAUCAUGCACGGUCCUCUUGCCCCUUACCAGGACCAACCAUCUAAACGGGCACCUUCAAGUGAAAAUGUAAUUCCAGAAGGGGUUUGGAAUUCCUCAUCUCAGAAGAGGUGCAGGGAGUUUGAGGACUGUGGAGACGGUGCCAAGAAACUGCGUCUACCAGAUAUAAACUCUGGCAAAGCACAGACACCAAAGCCCACUGUUGGCAACUCACUCACCACUUCGCUGCUGUCUCAGCCGUCAUUGAGGAAUUCUUUAGACUCGGAAGUGUCACCAAAAACCACAGAUAGCCAUCUGUGCACAGAACCAGCACCUGGCCAAUCAACACAUUUGGAACUGUCUUCCACAUUUAAACCCACCCAGUCAUCCUGCGCAUCACUGUCACCAGAACCUUGUAUAAGACGACCAUCAAUUGGGGCAAAGCAAGCCUUUAUAAAUUCCACCCAGGAUCACACUUUGAAGUUACGAGAGUUUAGAUCUUCAAAUCCAGGUGAAGAAAGGAGGAAAAGAAGUGAGGAAAACAAUAAAAGGAAUAAAUCAAGCUCUUUCUUAUCCUCUGAGGUAUUCCAGAAGGACACUAGUAACUCACGUCAUGUUCAGGUAGGCAGACACCACACUGGUCAUACUCAUCGUACCUCCACCUUACCAGUCAAGACCCUGAGCAGAGGUAAUCAUGUGGGGGAGAGCAGAAAGUCGGACAGUAGCACUCCCAAACCCGCCUUAAAAACUAAUUCAGGUUCUCUUAGUUGUCGUACGGUAGAACGGAACAAGACUGCCCGACCACGAAAAUCAGUUGCAAUCCCAAAUGACUUAGAUGAGCUUUUCACCCCUGAUCCCAUGACCUAUGUAGUUGGCCCUUUACAUAAAACUGUGAAGCCCAAGUUAGAUGGGAUCAAAUCCCCCAAUUCAGAGAAAAGUUGGUCAUCCAGCACAGUGAACAGCUCCAACACCUCCGUUGCUGGGUCCUUGUGUUGCAAAAAUAGUUCUCCUCAUGCAGUGGACACCCCAGUCUCUUCCUUGCCAUCAGCGCAACAACCACAAGGCUUGCCAUUUGUGGUUUUAAAGCGGGUAAAACUAGAGGACUUAAAAUCUAUUUGCUCUAAGGACGGUGAACUCAAAAACGUCCAAAUCACUUCUUCAGGAUCGCAGUUUAAAUCUGAUGAGAAACGCACAUCUCUCACCCCCAACAGUGAGAGACCCUGUGCUUCAGAGACUGGCGCAGAAACUGCUACGUCUCAUUGUGCUCAGUCUCCGCUCCUGGACAGGCAGGCCAGUGAAGGGCAUAGAAAGCUGGUGAACGAAGAGGAUCCUAUAGAUGUGGAGAUGGACCUAGGCCUGAGCUUUGCAUUAGAUUUGGAUCCAACUGAGAGCUCCCAUAGCAGUGAGGAGGAGCAGCUGCUUUCUUUGCAGGAGAUUAUGGAGCGUGUUACUAAGCCUCCAGAUACGCCAGAGAAGGGAGCCUUCUCAGGGCCUAAUGCACCUAGACAUCGCAGCUGUCAGUCAAAAACUCAGCCAUUGCCACCCAUCACAAAGUCAGGCAUCUACAAGAACAACCUCGACCAGAUACUGAAGGAAAUAAACAACAAUAAAAAAGUGAAAGAGAUUGAGACGCAACUUCAAACUGCUUGGAAAGAGGACCUGUUGAGAUUAGCUGAAUACGAGGAGGCUGAGGAGAACCAGGAGGAGGGCAUCUCCGCUGAACAACAGGAAUUCCUGCAGCGCUACUCUUUGAUGUCCAAUGCAAUCAGGGAAGUGCCUCCAGGAGAACUUGUGUUCAACCUGGAGAAAUUUGGCCAGAUCUUUGACCCUGACACGCUGCAGCUCAGACAAUGCAUGGUCAAUCCACAAGGGACAGCACAGAAAACGCUUCUUUGGUCCAGCCCUGCUCAACUGAGAUUGCAUGUAAUUAUUGGAUUGUUCCAGGAAGCGUACGACUACUGCUCACCCUGUCCAACUCAGGUUACCCGUUUCCUAUUCAAGAUGAUGUCAGUCCAUAGUGAGAGGAUGGUAUCUGAAAAUAUACUGCAGGCCCUCUGUGACAUUGCGUACACAGCUGCUUAUCAGAUAGUGAAAAAUGGAAGCCAGCUGUUUAAAGUGUGGGUGCCCAGUUUGGCGGAUGUGGCGCUAGUCCUGAUGAAUAUGGGAAUUGCGUUUGUUACUCUCUUCCCUUUUGAGAAUCUUCAGCCUCCAUUUACAGAGGGAGAUUUGCUGGAGGACAUCCACAUCAAUAGUGAGACUCCUUCCAGUAACAGGGAACAGAACACUUUCCCUGAACACAACUGCAACAACAUCUUGAAGUACCUGUCUUACUGUAUGGGCCUCUGUCCACGGGCGUACAGCGACGAUGAACUGCUGUUGCUGCUAACUUUGGUGACACGGUUGGGCCUGGACACGCGGCUCAUCCUCCAGUCCAGUGUGGAACUGUUCCCUCUGCAGCACAAAAUUGUCAACAACAUCAGGGACUGGGACACCAUGCUGCCCCGAAUUUGUCUGGCCCUUACUGAUCUGACAGAUGACCACCACAACAUGUGCCUACUAGUUCAACUGCUGCCUGAGGACACACGUGGAAAGCAACUGCGAGGACAUCUGAGCCUGUCCAUGAUCUCAAAACUGUUGGAUGGAAAUUGUACUUACAAGCCUAGAGGAAAAGAGUUUCAGCUCUCUGACCUGAGGCCGUACCUGCCCCGUAUGCAACCCUCGACCCUCCUCCGGGGCAUGCUGAGCUCCUCCAGCCGAAGUCAGAAAGAUAAAGACGAGAACAUGGCCACCCUCGACCAACAGUCCUACUACCUCUGCUAUAGCCUUCUGACCUUGGCAAAUGAAGCUUCCAAAUUUCAGUUCUUCCCAGCUCAUCAAAAGGAGCAGCUGCUGUUUUUAUGCUGUGAGCUGGAAACGCACAUUAAAUGUGACAUCAGAGAGAGUGAGAAAUGUCUUUACCGGAGCAAGGUGAAGGACCUGGUGGCCAGGAUCUACACCAAGUGGCAGAUGCUCCUCCAGAGGACUAGGCCUCUCAAUGGUAAGCUGUACGACUAUUGGCAGCCUUUGCCUGGGGAUACAUUGACAAGCAGCCAAGAACUGCAGGAGAUGGACAACAGUGAUGAGGGAGAGGGGCCUGUGAUGGAGGAGGACGAAGAAGAGGAAACCAAUGAAACUGAAGAGGCUAUGACUAUUAUUUCUGAGGACGAGAAGAAAAAAGAGGGAGAUGACACAAACAAGACGGGGGACUACAUGGAACCCGAAGAAAUUGAGGGAGACAACACAAUGGAUGACCCAAAGAAGACGGGGGACAAUAUAAAGCCUGAAGAAAAGGAGGGAGAUAAUGCAAUGGAUGACACAAACAAGAUGGGAGAAGACAUGAAGCCAGAAGAAAUGGAGGGAGACAGUUCAAUGGAUGACCCAAACAAGACUGGGGAUGAUCUAAAGCCUGAAGAAAAGGAGGGAGAUAAUGCAAUGGAUGAUACAAACAAGACUGGGGACGAUAUAAAGCCUGAAGAAAAAGAGAGAGACAAUGCAGUGGAUGACACAAAGGAAACGGAAACAACAGAAACCGUUCAUGAGGAGUUGACCCGAGAGAUGCGAGAGACGGUACACAAGCUGGAAAAAGAGUGUACUGAAGCAGAGACUGAAAAUCUGGUUGAGUCAAAAGAAACAUCUCUCCACAACCAGGUUGCAGCAUGUGAUUUAGUGUCAUAGAGAUUUGUAUUUAUCAGCUUUUGCCUUAAUGUUAAGCUCAAUUUGCACAUCUGCUUAUGCUUUUCGAUACCUAAAACCCAUGUUUCAUUGUCAAUAUAAAUACUAAUUGCUUAUUUAUGAAAAAACUUCUUUUUUUUUUUAAUAACUUAAUGUUAAAAUCUUAAGGAAAUGACUUCUCACUGCACCUCUGUUUACUCUUGUAAAAAUGUGUGUGCGUGUAUGUUAAAUACAUUACUGUAUUUGAGUGCCCAC